GUUCCUCGGUGGAUUGAGAUACAUUUUAGGAAGCGGUUUUAGAAAAAGCGACAGAAUCGCGCUGACAUAAAAUUACCCGAAAAUCACAGCAGACCAGUGAAUAAAAAAGAAGAAGUCACCAGAUUUAAUUACAUCAUGCAUCUGCAGAUAUGGCGUCCACUUUCUUUGAUGUGCCGUGUGUUUGUCCAGAAAAACCCACAGACAAACUGACACAUGCACGCACACAUAGCACUUUGUUGUGUUACCCUGAAGGCCGUGCCUCUGGGUAAAGAGGCGGCAGAACAAGCAGCACUCUCCAAAAUCUGAUGAAUGACAUAUAAAGCAGCGGAGGAAACUUAAUCACUUUGUGUUCUCCUUCCUCAGCUCCCAUAGUUGUGCAAUGGAUCGGCCUCUUCUGGGCCGACUGUCAGCCCGGGGCUGCUGCUCCUCCAGCACCCUGAAGGCCUGGCUGCCAAUCCUCUCCUGGCUGCCCAGGUACAAGCUGAAGUGGCUUCAGCUGGAUCUGCUUGCAGGCCUCACUGUCGGGCUGACGACUGUACCGCAGGCGCUGGCUUACGCUGAAGUAGCCGGCCUCCCUGUGCAGUACGGACUCUACUCUUCCUUCAUGGGGGGGUUCAUCUACACGUUCCUGGGGACGUCUAAGGAUGUGACACUGGGUCCCACGGCCAUCAUGUCCCUGCUGUGUUUCUCCGUGGUGGGAGGGCAGCCACACCGAGCCGUGCUGCUCAGCCUGCUCUGUGGACUCAUCCAGGCUGGAAUGGCAUUACUGAGAUUAGGUUUCCUGCUGGACUUCAUCUCUUUCCCUGUUAUAAAAGGCUUUACUUGUGCUGCUGCGCUAACCAUUGGCUUCGGCCAGGUCAAGAAUAUUCUGGGAGUCCAGGGUGUUCCUCACGAGUUCUUCCUGGAGGUUUACUACACCUUCUACAAGAUCCCAGAGGCCAGGAUCGGCGAUGUGGUGCUGGGCUUUCUUUGUCUCGCUCUGCUGGUCAUGUUGCUGUAUAUGAAGAUGAGUCUGGGCUCGGAGGACGCUCCCACCUGCUCCAGAGUGGCCAGGAAACUAGUGUGGGCUGUUGCUACGAUGCGUAACGCUCUUGUGGUCGUGGCUGCAUCCUUCGUCGCAUUUUCCUGCAACGCUUACGGUUAUCCUGUGUUUACGGUGACUGGGGAGACUUCCCAGGGGCUCCCACCAUUCAGACCUCCACCCACCUCAGACACCACAGCCAACGGCACCGUCGUCUCCUUCGGAGAGAUGGUACAGGGCCUUGGAGGAGGGCUCGCUGUCAUUCCCUUCAUGGGUCUGUUGGAAAGCAUUGCAAUUGCGAAAGCUUUUGCCAGUCAGAACGACUACAGAAUUGAUGCCAACCAAGAGCUGCUGGCAAUUGGUGUGACCAACAUCAUGGGCUCCUUUGUGUCAGCCUACCCUGUCACUGGCAGCUUUGGGAGGACAGCAGUGAACUCCCAGACUGGUGUUUGCACUCCAGCUGGAGGGAUCAUCACCAGUGUGGUAGUGUUGCUUUCCCUGGCGUUCCUCAUGCCGGCCUUCUACUACAUCCCCAAAGCCGCUCUAGCUGCUGUUAUCAUCUGUGCAGUAGCUCCCAUGGCGGAUUAUCGCGUCGUUGCCAAGAUGUGGAAGAUACGCAAGCUGGACCUGCUGCCUUUUGUUGUGACGUUCUUGAUGAGUUUCUGGCAGGUGCAGUACGGCAUCGUAGGCGGUGUAGCUGUAUCUGGAGCUCUGCUGCUGUACAACACCGCGAGACCACCGAUAAAGGUGUCUGAUCACGGUGUGCUUGUGAUGGAGUUGGGCAAUGGACUGAGUUUUCCUGCCACAGAGUAUCUCAGCCACAUCAUGCACACUCAGGCUCUGCAGGCAUCUCCCCCGCGGUCAGUGGUCCUGGAUUGCCAUCAUGUCAGCAUCAUAGAUUACACAGUGAUCAGCGAGCUCAGGGACCUGCUGAGGCAGUUCAAACUGCGAGAAGUGCAACUGGUCUUUUCCAGAUUGCAGCUCUCUGUUCUGGAGGUUCUCCUCGCAGCUGAUCUGCAGGGCUUCAGGUAUACAGACAGCGUGGAGGCUGCGCUGCAGAUGGAGUCGGAGAGCUUGAACACUGAUCCGUGACGUUAUCAAGUUUUCAAAUUGAAGAGGGAUGAACUACCUCCAAAAACUGAUGAACUGGACAGCUCGACUUGACAGCACCAUCAUUGCAACAUUGGACCAGAAGUCUGAUACUGUGUUUUAUAGCAUUUUAUAUUCUUUUGAGGGACAUAAUGCUUUUUGUGUGAAUGAGGAUGUAAUGACAGAAAUAGUAUUCACUGCAAUAUAUAUAUUUUUACUAACAGAGAACUCCCUCUGUUACAUAUAAGGGCUAAAGGUGAUCUUCGAGGGACCAAAUCUGAAUAUACACAUUAGGAAUAGUGACUUAAUAAUGAACAGAACAGAGCAAAGGUAACACCUGUGCCACCUCUCAAUAUUGACUUUGCUAUGUAAAAGGAAAUUAUGAUUGGUUUCUCUUAUUUUUAUGUUGGAAAAGAAAAUGGAUCUAAUUGACUCAUGUGGUGGAAGAUUUCUAUGUUUGAUCAGGUGGAGAGUUGUGGUUCAAAUAUUCAAUUGCAACAAACAGAGUCUCCGAAGGAAUCAAAGUUGUCUUUCCAUCUGUCCUCCUCGCCAUCCUCCCUAUUGCUCUGCCCUUGAACCAGUUCACAAAACAACACAUACUUUUACCGUCACAUUCCACUCUUUUGAUUACUCUAUAAUCAUACAAUAUUGCCAAAAAUAUGUUUUCACGAGACUAAUGAUAUCUCUCUAUUCUACGACAAGCCGGAUCAAAUACAACACGUUAUACCAUUUGUGUCAUUUGUUAAUGUGAAUCAGAAUCCUCGUCGGAGUCAGUGAUAUAGUCGGGUAAGGAGUACAGGUCGGGGUCGGUCGUUUUUGUCAUCAGUUGAUGUUGCACAGGUAGCGUGUUUAUAAUGAGGCGGCGACUUAUUGGUAUGAAACAGGUUAUGCAAAUGAAGAAAGCCAACACGAUAAUUCCUACAGAGAUCAGUGUACUCUUCCAGGUAUGCCAUAGGCGCAUGAAGAAAUCAGGCUCUGGGGUGUCGUCUCUGGCCAUCGCGUCUUGUAAUUUAGUCAUGUUUAAUAUUGCCUAAUGAAUAAUGCCACCAUCUGCGUCAUUUUCCGGAAUGAAUGUGCAGCAGUGUUCACCUAUAAUAGCACAAACACCCCCUUGGGCUGCUGUGAGUUGGUCUAACACCAUUCGGUUCUGCAUAAUCAUUAAUCGCAUGGAGGUCAAUUCUUCGCGGAUUCCUUUUACUACAGUUAAGGUCAUGUUCACAAAGCUUUUGAAACGAUAGUCAACUGUUUCAAUACGCAAAGUAUUUUUGCCCACUCCUACCCAAGGGAACAGACCCCAUAGUACCUUUUUACCUGUCCCUGCAUGUUUAAAUUCAUCUGGGACAUUUGAACCCCAAACUGAGUCGUGGGGUUUAAAAUCUAGAUAAGGAUUUUGGUCUGUCUCACGUUUCUUACGUGUUGCUGUUGCUGCGGCGGAGAUAAUGAAUGUGUGAUCUGUGAUACGAACAGGUGCACAUACUCCGUCCCAUUCCGGUGGGAGAGAUGCAUAAACUGAAUGAUCACAUAACCACCAUCCUUGUGUAACAGGAUAUGUGCCAUUGUGUCCUGGGACCGCGGUUUGGCUUGCAGCAAAACUGUUGGC